AUGGCGGUUGUAUUCCUCUUAACGAUAUUCGCACUGAUUUGUCAGCAUGUUUCAAAAGCUGGAAAGGCAGAACUCAAGAUCCAGGGAGGAAACCUACGAUAUGCCACCGUUGGAUCCAGUAUCACCUUCACGUGCGUCCUGUCUGGUGAUUAUUGGAACGACCCUGCAGUCAGAUGGUUUUACAACUACCAAGCGGUGACUACCUGUGACGAUCAAAACUUGAUCGACCUCAUCAUCGGUAAUGAUACCUACAAGGCUUGCAGUUUGACCAUCAAUCCCGUUACGGAGGCAUCAGGAGGUCCCUACUUGUGUAAGGCGUAUUCCGUCGGUUUAAGGGAUAACCAAACCGUGCAGCUCGUUAUAACAGUAGACCGACAAGAUGCUACGCUGCAUCUGCUCGAUCCCUCCACGGGAGCUGUGCUGGACGAUUCCGAAAGUGGCUCCGUCUGUGUCCAGUCUGGUACUACGUGGCUAUUCAAGUGCAGGAUUCAAGACGCCAGGCCUGGGGUCUGGAACUUCACGUGGAUGCUUGGCAAUCAGACGAUCGCUACUAAAAGCGAGACACGGACCGGAGCUGGGCUGGUCAACGUGAGCAGCUGGCACAUGGUGACAAACCCUGGCAACGAGACUCGAGAGCGUAACCUAACGUGCCUUGCAACGAGCAGUGAUCAGUCACUGAGCACCAAAGUGCUGAUAACAUUUUGUGCGGAUAAAAAAGAAGCUGUCGUUACAGGUUCAGACGGACUGAUCAUCGCAAUAGUAACUGUGGUCAGUGUUCUUAGCGCAUUGGUUGUCUUGGCAAUUGUGAUGCUCGUCAAGUUUAGAAGGAACUGCAGGCCACAUCGUAAUGUUCAGAUCAAACGUGAUGUACGAUCGCCUGUCGAAAUGGAUGAAGCUUUGGACCUUGAUGUUUCAGGACAACCAGGUCAGUCUGAGGUCACCAAGUCACCGGAAGUGAAAUACGAGGACAGAAUUGCACCACAGGUCGCGAACCAAUACGAAGAAAGGAUUUCAUCACAAGAUCCGCACAACUACGAGUACAAACUUUCACGUCAAGUCGCACACAAAUAUGAAGACACAACAAUUUCACCGCAAUUGGAUGAACACGAGUGUGACGACACCACAUCAUCACAGGAGGCAACACCAAUGCUACCCGAUAAUGAUGAUGAGGAGGACAAUCUACCCCCUUGGGCUGAUGGGUGGAAGGUGCCUCGCUGCGACCUCAUCGUCGACGAGCGAGUCCUCGGGAGAGGGAACUUUGGUGAGGUUCGAUCAGGGGGUGUGAUAAAAGAUGGAGAACUGAGAAGGGCUGCCAUCAAGAUGCUCAAAGGCCAUGCAUCGCCGAGUGAGAGAGAUGAUUUCAUGGAUGAACUCUACACGAUGACCUCUAUCGGCCACCAUGUUAAUGUUGUCUCGCUUCUAGGUGCAUGUCGGUAUCAAGAGGUGUUGUACGUCGCGUUAGAGUAUCUUCAUCGCGGUGAUCUGCGCAGCUACCUGCGGACGGCUCGCUCACAGUCAGACUCAGACGAGGAUGCCUUGUCUUCCGAUCAGCUGGUCAAGUUUGCUCUGGAUGUUGCCAAGGGAAUGGAGCACAUUGCUAAAGCGGGGGUGAUCCACCGAGAUUUGGCUGCCAGGAACAUCCUACUAUCUGAAGGUCUGAUUGCUAAGGUUUCAGACUUUGGACUGUCCAGAGGGGAGGAUAUUUAUGUCCAAACAUCAAAGAGACGAGUUCCAGUCCGUUGGUUGGCUAUUGAGUCAAUCAGGUAUAAGAGGUACACGACAAAGAGUGAUGUGUGGUCGUUUGGUAUUCUCAUGUGGGAAAUAGCCACAAUAGGGGGAACCCCCUACCCGACCACCAAGAGCGAGUCACUGGCCAGGAAGCUGAAGGGAGGAUACCGUAUGCCCAAGCCCAGCAACUGUGACGAUAAAAGUUACGACCUGAUGCGCAAGUGCUGGCAAGAGGAUCCGAACAACAGACCAAGUUUCUCCGAACUGGUCUCUACCCUAAGUGACACGGAUGACAGUAAAAUUAAACAUACGUAUUUUUUGCCUGACCGAUUGCAUUACCAGAAUUUGAGUGCGAUCCGGCCCGAGUUUGAUGACAACUGA